AAACAAACAGAAAACAUUGAAAAUAACACCCAACAGAAAAGAAAAAAAGAAAGAAGAAAACUCUCUCUCUCUCUCCACACCCAUCUUCCUUCCCCCUUUCUUUCACCUUGCUUCCCUUCUCUCACUCUAUCCCUCAACCAACAACAAAGCCCAAAUGAAAUGACCUUUUCUUUCUGGCCUCUCUACAACCGAGCAUCCCAUUCCUUCCUUCUCUGCCAUUCUUAACCCUUCCUUCUCCUCCGCCAUUUUUCAGCUGCUUAGGCUCAACCCCUCUUUAGUCCCUUUUCUCCUCUCUUCACAUCGAGCUGCUUUCUGGGUCCGUGCAAUUGAGAAAUGUGGGAUGCUUCAGGCAUUGAUGAAUCUGCUUUCCUUAUGCUUCAGGCCGUUCGGUCGGAGUGACGGCGGCGGCGGCGGCGGCGGGAAGGAAGGCUUGCUUUGGUACAGGGAUGUUGGCAAGUAUGGGGCGGGGGAUUUCUCAAUGGCUGUCGUACAAGCGAAUCAAGUCCUCGAGGACCAGAGCCAGAUCGAGUCGGGUUCCUUUGGAACCUUCGUCGGAGUCUACGACGGCCAUGGCGGGCCCGAAGCUGCUCGCUAUGUCUGCGAUCACUUGUUCAGAAACUUUCGAGCGAUAUUGGCGGAGAGAGAAGGAGGUGUUGUGACUGCCGACACCAUCUCGAGAGCAUUUCGAGUCACUGAGGAAGGGUUCACCUCGGUGGUCUCGGAGAUGUGGAGCUCUCGGCCUCAGUUUGCUACUGUAGGAUCUUGUUGUCUGGUUGGAGUGGUAUAUCAGCAGACACUUUUCAUCGCGAACCUAGGGGAUUCUCGCGCUGUAUUGGGGAAGAAGGUUGGGAAUACUGGUGGAAUGGCGGCUAUACAGUUAUCAACCGAGCAUAAUGCGAGCCUUGAGGCCAUCAGGCACGAGCUUAAGGAGUUGCACCCGGAUGAUCCGCAGAUUGUCGUGCUGAAGCAUGGAGUUUGGAGAGUGAAAGGAAUCAUUCAGGUCUCGAGAUCUAUAGGAGAUGUAUACAUGAAACAUGCGCGGUUUAACAGGGAACCAAUAAACGCAAAAUUUAGACUUCCGGAACCAAUGAGCAUGCCUAUCAUGAGUGCCAGUCCCACCAUCCUGACUCAUCCUCUCCAUCCGAGCGAUUCAUUUAUUAUAUUUGCAUCUGAUGGUCUGUGGGAACACUUGAGCAAUGAAAAAGCUGUGGAUAUCGUACACAGCCAUCCACAUGCAGGGAGCGCGAAGAGACUGGUGAAGGCGGCACUCCAAGAAGCAGCGAGGAAAAGGGAGAUGAGGUACUCGGACUUGAGGAAGAUCGACAAGAAGGUGAGGCGCCAUUUCCACGACGACAUAACAGUCAUAGUUUUGUUCUUGAAUCACGAUCUUAUAUCUAGAGGCAGCGUCGUAGAUCCUCCAGUCUCCAUUCGCAGUGCUUUGGAGCACUGAGAUAAGUAAGAAAACUCUCUUCCAUCAUGUCUGUAGAGCGGCUGUUUCCUGAAGGGGGUGGGGAAAGCCCAGGAAAGAAAAUUCUGAUACUAAUUGCUGAGAAUGGACUUUGAUCUUCUUCUUUUUUAAGUCCCAGGGAAUUUGUAUAAUCAUGUUCAGAGAGGAAAGAAAUGGUGAACUUCUUUUAAUUGGGUAGUGAACGAUUUUUUUUUCCAUGUAUACCUGGUCCCUGAUGUAUUCUUCUACUAUUAUUUACUUCAAUGAAUCUCUUCCCCCCACGAAUUUAGAUUAGCUGAUGCUGCAUGUGUUCUU